AUUAAAUUUAGUAAUAAUAAUACAGGGUCCGUUACCGAUGGCGGGUUCCACGAGCUUUCUUCUGUCUCUGUAUACUCUGAAUUCUCUGCCCAGAAGAAGAGGUCAGGUCUCAGGAACCCCAACGCCUCCCUCCUUCUCUCUGCUUUGUUCACAGAUCUUAGACGUCUUCACGCAUCUCUAUGCACCCUUAGUUAUUAUACUGCUAAAAAACAAAAAAUUUUCAUAUCUCAGUCUUAGUUUCAUCAAUUUUUUCAGUCUCUCCUUGCAUGGACGGUUCCCUCGCAAUCUCACCAAUCUCAACGAUAAUAUCCCUUUGGAUCUGUCGUUACUCACGAUGCUCUUCCUCUCAAUUUGUAUUCUCAGGCGUUCGCAACAACAUCAUCGCAAUGAAACCUACGCCAUUUCUCUCUCAGUUGACUCUUUUGGGCUUCUUCUUGUUUGUUUCCUUUAGGGUUCUGAUAUGGGCUGUGGAGGAUCCAAGGUUGAUGAUUUGCCGCUGGUAACUCGUUGCAGAGAUAGAAAAGAACUUAUCAAGGCCGCAUCUGACCACCGCUACGCUCUUGCCGCUGCUCACGUCUUGUAUUUUCACUCGCUAAGGGAUGUUGGCGAGGCAAUUAGGAGAUUUGUUGAUGAGGAGCUGGUGAUUGCUUCUUCUUCGUCUCCUGGAUCCCCUGUUCUGACAUUACCGUCCCGGGAAGGAAAAUCGAGGCCAAAAUCCAAGAACUCGUCCUCAUCGACAUCAAUUUCGCAUUCUGUGGACGAUAGCAGUCAUAAUAAGAGAAAAAACAAGGAGGAGGAAGAUAUUGAAGAUUCGCAUUUGCAUUUGUCAUCUGGGUCGGAAUUGAACUCUGAUUCGGGUCACAUCCACAUCCACGAUACCUCUGAAGAGGAAGAAGAAGUAGUGCAGCAACGAGAAGUGCCUUCAACUUCUUACAAUUUUAGCGAUUAUCCUCCUCAAGGAAAUUGGGGCUACAAUUAUCCGGAAGAAAAUCCAUAUACAUAUCCAUACCCGUAUCCUUCGUCCAAUCCUUAUCCUAACAUGUAUUACAUGAAGAGGUCUGCCACUCCGGCAAAGAAAGUGGUGUAUGAGGAUCCAUCGGUAAAUGGGUAUCCGAGUUAUUAUGGAAAUGGCGGGUAUUUUGGGUACCCGAUGGGUUCUCCCCAGAAGGAACCAAGUCCGCAGAGGCCGCCACCGGCGCCGCCAUCGCCGCCGACAGUGUCCACUUGGGACUUUCUCAAUGUGUUCGACGCGUAUGAUAACGAUGCUGGUGGCCUUCCAGCUUAUUACUCGUUGGGAAGAUACGGUUACGGUUCGACCACGAGUAGUCCGGAUUCGAAGGAGGUGAGAGAAAAGGAAGGUAUACCAGAUUUGGAAGAAGAAACAGAGCAAGAAGUGAUAAAAGAGGUUCACAAAGAAAAGAAGAAAGUGAAAGAGCAAAUGAAUGUGAAUGGCAAAUUCAAAUUAAAUGCAGAAGUGAAUAAGAAUUAUGGAGAGGGUACCUCUAAAUCAGUACCAGUUGAAAGCAGCAGUGAGAGUAUGGACUCAGCUAAGGGUAAAGAAAUCAAGAGCAGUACUAGUCCUGAUACAUUUCGUAGUCCUGACAGUAUUAUUUCGUCUAAGAGUCCUGAUGCGGAUUCUGUCAAGAAGAAAGGAGUGAGCUUUGAGGUUGAGGAGGCAUCUACAAAGGAUGUUGAGUCUUCUAAACCUAGUAGCUUAGCUACAUUGUUCGUUCAUGGCACUAGGGAUCUCCAAGAAGUGGUGAAGGAAAUCAGGGACGAGUUUGAGACUGCCUCUAGUCAUGGGAAGGAGGUUGCAUCGUUGCUUGAGGUUGACAGGUUGCCUUACCAGCGAAGAACCACCUUGCUAAGAGUGAUUUUUUCCCGGAUUCUGUAUCUGGUAUCAUCACAUUCUCCUACCAGGUCAUCGGUACAAAUUUCUUCUAGGACAAUGAAAAUGGCAAAAGCAUACACCGGGAAGCCUGGAAAUGAUUUUGACAUUAAGGCUAGAAACCUUUCAUCUACCCUAGAAAAACUUUAUGCAUGGGAGAAAAAGCUGUACAAGGAAGUUAAGGAUGAAGAAAGGCUACGAAUUCACUAUGAAAAACAGUACAAAAGAUUAAAAAGUUUAGAUGAACAUGGAGCUGAGUCUAGUAAAAUUGAUGCUGCCCAGGCUUCGUUAAGGAAGUUGCUGACAAAAAUCAAUGUUACUAUCAGAACUGUUGAUGCCAUAUCUAGCAAGAUACACAAGUUGAGGGAUGAAGAAUUGCAGCCUUUAAUCACUGAAUUGAUUCAUGGAUUGAUAAGAAUGUGGAAGUCUAUGCUCAGAUGUCACCAGAAACAGUUCCAAGUUAUCAUGGAGAGCAAAGCUCGCACUCUCAAGGCAAAUACUGGUUUACAAAGAGAUUCUGGUUUGAGAGCUACUCUUGAACUUGAAACAGAGCUAAUCAAUUGGUGCACCUGCUUUAAUAAUUGGAUUAACACCCAAAAAUCUUAUGUUGAGUCGUUAAACGAGUGGCUAUUAAGGUGCCUUAUCAUUGAACCUGAAGAAACUCCUGAUGGAAUUGCACCUUUCUCCCCAAGCAGAAUGGGUGCCCCAGCUAUUUUUGUAGUUUGCCAUGAUUGGUAUCAAGCAAUGGUCAGGAUUUCCGAGAAGGGGGUGGAAAAUGCCAUGCUCAACUUUGCUUCAAGCUUACAUCAAUUAUGGGAACGGCAAGAUGAGGAGCAGCGUCAGAGGAUCAAAGCAGAGUACCUCACAAAGGAUUUUGAGAAACGUCUAAAGACCUUACGCAUGGAGAGGGGAAGGAUCAUGCAGGAGCAGGACGCAUUGUCAGAUAAAGCUAUGUCAAAGGUUCCUUCAGAAAGUGGAGUUUCACCCCUAGAUGAUCUGAAGGUGGAUUUGGAUUCAAUGAGGAAGAAAUUAGAAGAAGAGAGAAUUAGACAUAAGGAAGCUAAGAAACUAGUUCAUGAUGCAGCUUCAGUUAGUUUACAAGCAGGUUUGGUCCCAAUUUUUGAGGCUUUAGGAAACUUCACUUCAGAGGUUUUGAAAGCUCAUGAGCAAGUUAGGCUUGAAAAUGCUGGAGGCUCAUAGUAAUCUGAUUCUACCAGAUUGACAGCUGAAGGUAUUUUGGGAAGGAGCCUGCCUUGCUCUGUACAGUUGAAAUGAGAUGACAUACACUUAGAAUAUGGUUAGAUCCGCAGAAAUAUUGGAGAGCAGGUUUAGAAAGAGAUUGUAUAAUUUCUUUAAGUCUCUGCUUUUAACUUAGAUAUUUAGGAAUUUUGUACAGAAAUUCAUUUAUUGGUUGAUUGGUCGGUGGUGGUUGUAUUUGAUGUAAACUUGACAGUGUUGGAGUUUUUCAGUUGGGUUUACGUAGACUUAUCAUUGUAUGAAAUUAAAAAAUUUUGAAUGAAAUAUUUGGUAAUGAUAUAGAAAGAAAGCACCAUUUGAGAAGCA